GCCACUGUUCCCUUACGUCACUCAAGGGACUUGAUGAGUUCAAGUACGAAGCUGUAGAACAAGUUUUGUACACCUUUAAUGUGUUUGGCGUAUUGUUAACUUCAAAGUUAAAAAAGCCCUCUCCUGUCUGGUUACUGGUGACGUUAUCAAGCGAGGACGCUCUAUUUAAGGGCGGACACUGAUUGGUCAGGAGUUGUUGGCUGAGACAAGUUAACUGUUCAACUUUAGCACAUCUUGUAUUGUUUUUUUUUCGUCACUCCUAAAGACUUCUAUUUCUACAAUGUGACAACUUUAAUAUAUUUUGUUAUGCACUAGGCGAUGUGUGCUUGUAGUAUUUAACGGCAAUGGGAUUAUUCGAGUACACUGUUGGACAGGAAGAUUCGGCGACGGAGGACACAGUCACACAGGACAAAUUGGUGUGUGAGGGUUUAAACAACCAGAACUAUACCUGUGAAUCCGGUCACUGCUGUGGAAAAACACAGUGCUGCAGUUACUACUAUGAACUAUGGUGGUUCUGGUUGGUGUGGACGCUGAUUGGAAUACUGAUUUGCUGCUGUUUGUGUCAACACUGGCGCUCCAAGCAGCGCUUCCAGCAGCAGCGCCGGCAGAACGAAAUUAACCUCAUCGCCUACAGAGAGGCUCACAACAACUCUGAGCUUCCACGCUAUCUAAGAUUUUUACCCUCCUACCUGUUGCCAGCAUAUGAAGAGGUUGUAGGCCGUCCAGCCACGCCUCCACCUCCUUACACACCUGCCUCGUCAGCACCUCCUCCACCCGUACAGACGCUGGACGACCCUCCUUGUCCCCAAUCUCCCAUCGCUGUUGAUACACUUUGCACGACGUCAGCAGAUGUUGACGCUCCAAGCUCUCCUAGUAACAAGGAUUCACCACAAGAUAGGAAGCGCCACUUCACUGGAGACUCUGGGAUUGAAGUGUUUGAUGGUCAAGAACUCUGGGAGCAGCAUGGCUUCUUAGCAACAGACGCCAUGGAGGAAGACGAUGGCGUGCUGCACAUGCGGGACACAUCACAGCAACAUCGAUAGUAACAUCAACAAAACAAUAUGCAUAAUUGUAAUAAUAGUAUUGUCAUUGACCACACACCAUGAUUAUUUGUGGUAAUGGUGUUGUCAUUGACAAUGUAAUAUGAACAAUUGUAUCAGUAGUGUAAUUGACAACACUACUACAUGAAUACUAGUUUACUUGUAUUAGUAGUGUCAUCGACUAACACUACUUUAAUACUUGUAUUAAUACUAUAAUUGGCAACAAAACAUGAAUAUAUGUCAAUUAAAACACAUGAAUGCUUCUGUUAAUAGAAUUAUAGACAACACAAAAAUAAUUGUAUUAAUUGUAACACCACAUUGAUACUUGUAUUAAUACUUGUAAGAAUAGUGCCACAGACAACACAACAUUUAUAAUUGAAUAGUGCCAUCAAUAACACAACACGAAUACUUGUACCAGUAGUGUCAUUGACAACACAACAUGAUUACUUGUUAUAAUAGUGUUGUCAAUAACACAACAUGAAUACUUGUGUUGGUAGUUCCUGACAACAUAAAAUGUAUACUUUUAUUAAUUGUAACAAAUGGGUACUUGUGUUAUUGCCAUUGACAACACAAUAUGAACAAAUCAUUAGUGUCAUCAAUGACACAUCAAUAAUUGUAUUCAUAUUGUCAUUGACAACACUACUUGAACACUUGUUUUAACAGUGCCAUUGACAACACAACAUUUAUAUGUGUAUUAAUAGUGUCAAUGGCAACAGAAUAAUUGUACAGUUAUCAAAAUUAUUCAACCCCCACACAAUUUUGGUGUUUUAGCAAGUUGGACAUUUUUUCCGUAUUUUGUUUAUACUCAUAUCAAAUAACGAUGCGUCAAAUAGACAAAUGCAACUUAAAUUGUAACACUGUAUUUUACAAAAUACCAAAAAAGGACAUUUUUCUUAAUAUCUCAUUGACAAAAUUAUUCAACCCCCUAGUUACAUGCAUCUUUAGUACUUAGUAGAACACCCUUUGGCAGUAAUUACAUCCUUCAAACGUGAUACAUAACUGGACACAAGCUUCUUGCAACGAUCUACAGGUAUUUUAUCCCAUUCCUCUUGGGCAAAGGCCUCCAGUUCAUUCAUAUUCUUGGGCUUGCUUGCUGCAACUGCCUUCUUCAAGUCCCACCACAGGUUUUCUAUAGAAUUUAGGUCUGACGACUGUGAAGGCCACUCCAGAGUCUUCCAGCCCUUCUUCUGCAACCACUCUAAUGUUGAUUUGGAGGUAUGCUUGGGAUCGUUGUCCUGUUGGAUGGUCCAACGUCUCCCAAGCCUCAGCUUCGUCACUGACUUCAUGACAUUUGCAGCUAAUAUAUCCUGGUAGGAAAUAGAAUUCAUAAUGCAUUGAACGCGCUGAAGAUUCCCGGUACCUGAGGCAGAGAAACAGCCCCAGAGCAUGAUUGACCCCCGCCAUGCUUAACAGUAGGCAAGGUGUUCUUCUCUUUGUAAGCUUCAUUUUUUCUCCUCUAGACAUAAUGUUGAUUCAUAGGCCCAAAGAGUUCCAGUUUUAUCUCAUCACUCCAUAGAACAGUUUCCCAAAACCUUUGGGGUUCGUCCAGAUAAUUUUUGGCAUACUGGGGUCUAUUUUCUUGUGCCUGGUAGUCAGAAGUGGGGUGCGCCUGGAGUUCUGGCAUGGAGGCCUUCCUCUUGUAGUGUGCGUCUUAUUGUCUGGGACGAAACCUGCGUCCCCCCCUCUGCAAUGUCCUGUUGUAGUUCCUCAGCUGUUACCCGGAGGGGUUUUCACCACUGUACGCUUCAAAUACCGGACAGCAGUUGCACACAGCAUCCUCUUUCUACCACGCCCAGGUAGUGUUUACAUUGUGCCUUUAGCUUUAAACUUGCAAAUUAUGCUCCCAACUGUGUCUCUUGGAAUGUGUAAUGUCUUUGUUAUUUUCUUAUAUCCAUAUCCUUUCUUAUGAAGAGAAAUUACCUCUCUUGACUUCUUUGACCACUCCCUGGACUUCACCAUGUUGCAAAUACACCAUUGACCAUCUACAAGAAGCUGAGCGUCACAGUCUUUUUCAAUCAGUUUAAUUGUUGCUCGUUAUGGUUAUCACAUCUACAGGUGUUUUCAACACCUGAUUUAAAAGACCUUAUUCAAAUUCUGUUCUUAAGAGUUAUGAUCUUCAAGGGGUUGAAUAAUUGUGUCAAUGAGAUAUUAAGAGAAAUGACACUGCUAUGUUACAAAAUAUAAUGUAAUUCAAGUUGCAUUUGUCUAUUUAAUGCAUUUUUAUUUUUAUAAACAAAAUACAAAAUAAAUGUCCAACUUGCUAAAACACCAAAAUUGUGUGGGGGUUGAAUAAUUUUGAUCACAACUGUAUUAUAGUCCUUGACAAGAGUACAUGAACGCUUGUAUUAACAGUGUCAUUGACAACGCAACAUGAAUAUGUGUAUUAAUAGUAUCAAUGACAACACAACAUGAACUGGUGUAUUAAGAGUAACAUCACAUUGAUACUUAUAUCAAUAUUGUCAUUGACAACACAAAAUGAAUACUUGCAUUAAUAGUGUUGUCUAUAACAACACAACAUUAAUACUUGUAAGAAUAGUGCCAUUGACAACACAACAUGAAAACAUUUCUAGUUCCUUCAAUAACAUAAUAUAAAUACUUUUACUAAAUGCUGUCAACAACAGCACAACAUAAGUACUUGUAUCAAUAGUGUCAUUGACAACACAACAUUAAUGCUUUUAUUAGUGUUGUCAAUAACAGCAUAAAAUGAAUACUUGUGUUAAUAGUCCCUGACAACAUAACAUAAAUUAUUGUAUUAAUUGUAACACAACAGCGAUGCUUAUAUAAAUGCUGUCACUGACAAUACACCAUGAAAAAUUAAUUGGUAUCAAUGACACGACAUUAAUACAUUUGUUAAUAGUGCCAUUGACAACACCGUUAAAUCACGAACAAUAAUUCCCAGGCGCGGCCACCGCCGGUGUUCACUGCUCCCCUCACCUCCCAUGGGGUGAUCAAGGGUGAUGGGUCAAAUGCAGAGAAUAAUUUUGCCACACCUCAUGUGUGUGUGUGUGUGUGACAAUCAUUGGUACUUUAACUUUACAUAAUAGUUGUCAAUAACAUAAAAUGAAUACUAUUAUUAAAAGGGUCAUGAAUAGCGUUGCUAGUGAAAAAACAGCAAUUCUCUACACAAUUGAGAAAAAUGUACAUCAGUGAUAUAGGAAUGUUUGUUUGUGCAUGUUUUAUUCAAAUCAAGUUUAAAACUACGUUCUUGAAUUUAAGUAAAUAAAGAAUGUUUACAUUUU